AUGGGGCAAUGGGUAACGUAUGCGACUGCAACAGUAAUAUUGUGGUGCACUGGCGUGCAAUGCUUACAGCGCUGUCCGGAGGAAUGUCACUGCCUGGAUACGCACGUGGACUGCAGCCGACGCGGUCUCACUGAUAUCCCAUCCGUGCUACCUUCUUGGGCAACUACGCUGGAGCUGCAGGGGAACUACAUCGAAAAAAUAUCGCCCACGGCAUUCAAUGGACUUAGCAGUCUUCUUUCUCUUGAUCUCAGCGAGAAUCAGUUUGUUGGCUUGUCACGUCUUGUUUUCUUGCAUACGCCGCGCCUGGAAACACUCUUAUUACGAAGAAAUCGGCUGACAUCCGUGCCACUGGGAAUUGAAUCAGUCGGAGAUCUGCAUAAGCUUGAUCUCAAAGCGAACAAUAUUUCGCAAAUUACGAAUAUCGACGUAUCUCGCCUUGCUAGAAUUGACGUGGUGGAUUUAAGCCGGAAUGUUAUACGUGAUUUUCCACGCUCGCACCUGCUGAAGGCUGCAAAUUCGAAAAUCACGAAAUUGGAUCUCAGCAAUAAUCUUUUGUCGACGGUACGCUCGGAUACGUUUAUUGGUCUGCAGUCACUUCGUACUUUGCGGUUGUCCCGGAAUAAAAUUGAGACUCUCGAGAAGGGCGCAUUUCGAGGACUCUUCGCGCUUCGAUUUCUAGAUCUCAGUCGCAACCGUCUCUCCACUUUGCACGCCCUAACGUUCAGCCCAUUAACGAUGCUGCAGAAUCUGUCACUAGCUCGAAAUUUGAUUGGAACACUUGAAGAUGGUGCAUUUUGGGGCUUGGAGCAGCUUCAACGCCUUAAUGUCGCUGAAAAUCAGUUGAAAGCAGUCACUGGCGGAUGGUUAUAUGGAAUGCACUCUCUCACAGCUCUCGAUCUCAGCGCAAACAGUGUUGCAUGGAUAGAUUCCUCGGCGUGGUCGCUUUCCUCAGCACUAACUUGGCUGGACUUAUCAUCGAAUCGUCUUCGUACACUCCCAUCUUUGCUGUUCAAGAAGCUUUCGCGCCUGGAGUAUCUUUCGCUGGCUGAUAAUCAGAUUGAUACUAUUCAUCGGAAUUCAAUGCAGGGCUUGGACAACCUGAAUUAUCUGGAUCUUUCUGGAAAUGGUUUGGCGAUGUGUGUGGAAGACGAGUCCGCUCUCGUUAAUACCUCACUGCCAAAAUUGCAAACUCUCAGGUUUGCGUCAAAUCGUGUGCGUACAAUUCCAGCGCGUGCAUUUGAAAAUUUCCCGUCUUUGCAAAUUUUGGAUCUCACGGACAAUCCGAUUGCCAGUGUACAGAAUGGUGCAUUCGAAUCGCUUCAUCUAAGAAGAUUGUUUAUCAACACGUCGUCGCUUGUUUGUGACUGUGAGUUGAAGUGGUACUCUCGUUGGCUGUUUUCUUCGCAUCUGGAUCGCAGGACAGUGGCCAUGCUGUGUUCCCAUCCGGCGCCUUUACGUGGCAUCGAUGUCGCUGUGAUUGAUAGUGCAAAUUUGACUUGUGUUGAUGACUCGCCGCGUCCUCGAUUGCUCAGCCAUCCGGACGCACUGGUGAAAGUGUUGCUGGGAAAUGUCGUGGGACUGAAUUGCACGGGUUAUGGUGCUGCACCGUUGGACAUCAAAUGGAAGGUUAUCCGGGAUGGGCGAUUCCGUCUUUUGACGCAUGACGCAACAACAAGCUUAAACUUUAGUCGCUCUCCAAUCACAAACAGUUCGGUGACAGGACUUGCGAUGGAACAUUUGUUCAGUGAGUUGCAGCUGAGGGAUAUCGAUUUUAGUGAUCAAGCGGAAUAUCAGUGUAUCGUACGCAAUCAUUAUGGUUCAGCAUAUUCGUUAAGGACUAAGUUAGUAGUGCUACAGAAGCCACGCAUUGAUUCUUCACCGUCAAAUAUUUCAAUUGUUCGUGGAGGCAGCGCGAGGUUACGAUGCGCCGCACAAGGCGUUCCGGCACCAAUCAUCAAAUGGAUGAAAGAUGGCGGCGAUUCAUUUCCAGCGGCGAUUGAACGACGUCUACAGGUGAAAGCGAACGAUGAUAAUUUGUAUGUGGUAAAUGUGUCACUAGCAGAUACUGGUAUUUAUACGUGCCGUGUUAGUAAUGAAGCUGGACACGUUGAGAGUUCGGCACAUAUUCUUGUCUAUGACAACAAAUUCUGGCCGCAGCUUGAGGAUCGCAAGGUGCACUCUGGAGCAACCGUUAUUUUUAACUGUUCAGUUAAUGAACAGUUUCAUGUAUCAGUGCAGUGGCUGCGAGAUGGCCGUCUUAUUGAUCCAGAUACUGCUCCCUCACGUUUUGCUUUCAAAGCAGGCAAUCAGUUGCUUGUAUUAAGUGAG